GCAAUUGCAAAUAUCAUUGGCUCCCCUUCUCUUCUCAAAAUGAAAGGACAUAACAUAUAUGGGGGAAGCGAAGAAAUGGGCAAAUAACUUAUAAGCUUCCUGAAAAUGGCAGCCAAACCGGCUCUCUCUUCUUCUCUUAUUUCCCAAAUACCCGUCCUGCCAAAUUUUUCACCAUCAUCUCCUCUAAGUUGUACUUUUAGUACACCAAGGAAAAGGGUUCAGAAAUUCAAAAUCAAUGCUAUAGGUGGAGGAGAUGGAGAACUUAAGCCAAAAGGAAAGAAAAAAUUUAUAACCAGAGAACAAGAACCCGAACAGUAUUGGCAAACUGCAGGAGAAAGGGAAGGGGAGAAUCCCAUGAAGACACCUCUUCCUUAUAUCAUCAUCUUUGGCAUGUCAACCCCAUUUGUGAUCUUAGCCAUUGCUUUUGCUAAUGGUUGGAUUAAGGUACCUGUCCGAUGAUUUGUUUAGAGAUGCGGCAGCAAUAGCAGCUAAAUGACACUGUUGGAUUUCAUUCAGUUCAUAUAAUGCAGUCGUUUCAGUUAUAAAACAUAAGCAUAUGUAUUUGUACACUAAUUCUACAUGUUCCCAAAGCAAACUUGAAUUCAGUGGCAAUCAAAAAUCACCAGCUUUUUCUGUAA